AUGCAACAUACUCAACAAAUUCACGCUGGUGACCCUGCAUAUGCCUCUCCUGUUAUUCGCCCUCCUUCUCCUGCAAGCUCUGUGGGGACCGCAUACGGGCCCGACGAGACGUCUCUGUCUGACUCAGGACUGACUCAGGAUGCUUUCGAGCGAAAGUGGAUCGCCCACCUUAGGCUUGAUGAGCCGAAACAUGAAGAAGUCCAUAACUUGAAUGAGGUCUUAAUCAUCCCUCCCAGCGAUCCACGGGAACAGAAACUACUGUUCGAGGCAAUACUACGUGGCUUUCGACAGCGUGUUCAGCAGCUGGAGGAGGAUGAAAUAUUCCAACAAACAGUCAUAAACGGCUCUCAAAUUGGAAUGGAGCAACUGCCUUCAGCUGAUAAUGUCGACACCUUGAUACAGAACAUGAUGGGCACCUCAAUAGGUAACGGAGCAAGCCACGUACAGGAUGGUCCUUGGAAUAGGCGCAACACUGCCCAUGUGGUUUCUAGCAGUAUGAGGACUACAGGGAAAGAGCAACAAAUACUAGGGCAAUACUAA